AUGACGCUUGUGGUGAAUGGAUAUAGCGACCCGUACUGCGUGUUGCAGGCCGGGCAACAGAAGCACGUCACCAAAAUCAAGAAGAAGACCCUCAACCCCUUGUGGAAUGAGUCGUUCCUCUUUGAUGUCAGAACCGUAGACAAGCUCGUGGUGCAGGUCUGGGACAAAGACGCCCUUGCCAAGGGAGUUCACGUCUUCUGCAAGCGCGUCUCAUGCAUGACCACCACCACCCAGGACGAUUUCUUAGGGCAGUGCGUGGUCGAGCUGGGAGGUCUCAUGCUUGACGGCUCCGACAGCUGGUUCCCGCUUCGCAACCGGGACGGGUCCAGCGCGGGGGCCAAGGGGGAGCUCCUCCUCCAGUUUUCCGUGGAGGGCCAGGCUCAGCCGGUGCGAACACGCAGCACCGCAGAUGCACCCAAGCACGCCUCCUCUUCGUCGGGACCGGCAGCGCUGCCCAAAAGACACGCCUGUGUGGCUUUGCUCGCGCGGAAUCCGGCCCGCAAGCUGCAGCUCAUCAGAAAUGCGGCGUACGAAUAUAUGUUGUACUAUACUACGCAGGAGGCCUACGUCACAGGAGACAAGAUGUCGUCGUCGCUGUUGAAGGACAUCAAAAAGCGGGUGGAGCUGUUCGUGGCCGGCCAGGCCACCUCCGACACUCCCUUCGUGGGACCUCCUGACGGACCCGCUGCUACGCUGAGUCUGAGCGGGGUGGGGCUUACCUACGUACCCCACACGGUGGGCGCCGUCACUCAACUACAGGUGCCGCUGCUGCUGCUGCUGCGCCGCUGGCGCGGCCUUAAUCUGGGGUUCAACAAGCUGAAGAGCUUCCCGCAGCUGACGCCCCUGGUGUGCCUGGAGGUGCUGCACAUGGAAGGCAACCAAAUGACUUCCCUCUCGGCUUCUGUGGGCAGGCUGACGCGGUUGCGGGAGUUGCAUUUGAACGGGAAUCAGCUGGUGGCUCUGCCGGACACCAUCGCCAAGCUGGGGGCGCUCGAGAAGCUGAGCGUGGCCAACAAUCGCUUGACCACGCUGCCGCCCCAGAUCGGAUGCCUGAGCCGACUCGAGGAGCUGAACCUCAACGGAAACCCGCUCGUGCAAGGCCUGCCUCCCGAGGUCGGAGCGUGCAGUGCGCUCGAAGUGAUGGACCUCUCGGCCUGCCAGCUCACCGUCCUCCCCGACGACUUCACCCUGCUCACGCGACUCAUGGAGCUCAACCUGGCCUCCAACCGCCUGGCCCAGCUGCCCCAGGCCGUGGGCCGCAUGACCAGGCUCGUGCGCCUCGACCUCUCCGACAACCGCCUCUCCGACCUCCCCCUCUCCGCCGGCCACCUCACCGGCCUCCAGACCCUCAUGGUCCAGGGCAACCCGAUCCGCAACCAACGCCUCCUCGAAAAGUUCUCCAUCGGGUCCGACCACCUCGUCGACUACCUCGAACGACGCAUGAUGGAGUACUUGGCCGACCACCCCAGCGUGGAUCUGCAGGAACUCGACGCUCUCCGGGUUAAGACCUCGGCCCAGGUUCAAAUGCGUUCUGGUGGAGUUGCUGCGUCCGCCGCUGGGGGAGGGCAACGCGGUCUGGUGCACCAGGGCCAGGGCAAUUCGCCCCAACCGGGCAGCGCGUCGGACAUGCCACAGAGCAGCAUGUCGCUGGAGCAGAAGCUGGGGCUCGUGCGCAAGGAGGGACUCACGCUCAUGACUGAGCUCCAGAGCAAGCUCGCCACCAUGAAGAGGAGCGUGGCCGCCACACAGAGCCUGGACCAGGCUCUGGGUCUGGCCCAAUACCUUCGCAACAUGAAACCGGCACGCCCCCCUCCCCCCAAAACAGCGCUGCAAUGGCCGAAUGAGAAAGCUGAAGCCUCCUCGUGGGGGACCCUCUCCGAUGGGUGGGGGGUGGAUCAGCUGAAGACGCUUCUCCCACCACUGGCCAAGCCAGCGCCGCCUCUCAUCCAAAAGACCGACGACAAACUGACUGCUGUGAAGAAGACCGUCAACGUAGCCCUCUUCGACCUCGAAAAAACGCUCGCCACGGCCCACAACAUCCUGGCCAGCGCACAGGAUCCACGAGUUGUGGUGCAGCUCGUCAAAAUCGCCAAGGCUCUCGUUGCGGUGGUGGCGUCCAUCGCCUAG